AUGUUCCUCGACAAGGCGGGCAGAAGACCACUGCUUCUGGGCAGUCUCAUCGGCUGUAUCACUUGUUUCACUAUCAUCACACCUCUAUCCAAGGUGGCAGAUGAAGAUCCAUCGAACUCAAGCGCAGCAAAUGCGAGCAUCGCAUUUAUUUACCUGUUUGGUGUAACCUUCUCAUUUGCAUGGACUCCACUUUCGCCGAUGUAUGUUGUGGAAUGCUUGGGUACCAACACUCGCGCGAAGGGUAACAGCAUGGCACAAUUCUUCACCACAUGUGCAUCCGCCAUUAUUCAAUACGCAUCCGGUCCAGCUUUUCAACACAUCAAAUACUACUUCUAUAUCGUUUUCAUCGGAUGGGACGUGUUUGAGCUUGUCUUCAUCUAUUUGUUUUGGCCCGAGACCAAGGACAGGACACUGGAAGAGCUGGAAGAAGCCUUCCAAGCAAGCAAUCCAGUCAAGCAGAGCCUCGAGUCCAGAAGUUCGCAGACGGUUCUAAAUAUAGUGCAUGCUGAUGUGAAAUGCAUGGAAGGCUAA